CCAAAGACGUAUAUACACAGGAUUGGAAGCCUCCACUGACAGUCUCGCUCUGAUGUGGGUCGCGCUCAUUUGCCACAACAGGGGUGGCUGCGCGCUGUGCAUCGUGGGUAAUUCGCUAACGCUGGACACCGGAAAGGAUAGCGUCAUAUGUGGGAUUAUGUCAGAUAAAUGCGGCAUUUAAAUAGCAUUUCAUGAAUCAAAGAUGCCUCAAACUCCUCGGCCUGUGUCCAAGAGAAAGGCAAUAGGCCGUAGAAAGAAAAGGCGGCACAGUUAUGAACAUUAUGAUGAAGAGAAGCAAGUUGAACAUGUUGCUGCAGACCACUCCUACUCAUUUCCUAUAAAAGACUGCAGUGAGAGUGCCGGAUGGGAAACUGCAUGGGAUAAUUUCUAUCUAAAAGACAGCAAUCCAUCACCUUCCACACCCCUUUACAGUGAAGUGACAGAUUCUGACAACUGUUCUGCCAAUGCGUUUUAUGUUGUUCUCCACAAAGUAUUCCAGUAUAAUGCUGAAGAUGAACUGGAUGUGGUUGUUUGCAGACUGUUGACUGAGAGGACAUAUGCAAGAUAUCUUUCCCUUAUGGAUGAAGUUAAGCAAGACCUAUCAGCCUUUGGACACUUACUGUUUUCUGGUGCCAAUAAACAUGGUUUGAGAUUUGUUCAAACAUAUGAUCAUGAACCUAGCCAGGCCAUGAGACUGAAUUUGAUCAUCAAUCAGUCAUUGAAACCAACUUUAUUUGUCCAUGGCAAGGAAGUACAUACUAAUCAUGAUUUUUGGACUGGUCUUCCACAUAUAUAUCAUUCUGUGAAAGACAUCCAGAAGUUACAGUCCAAACUGGAGCGAUGGGACAUUUGCAUGGGAAACUUUGAGGCUCAGUAUGUAUCCAUGGUGCCCUCAGGUGUUGGAAUUUACAAGAGUUCAGGUUGUGUCUCUGCUGUUGCCUACCGGGAAGAUAUCCAUGCUAUCAGAGGUGACAUUCCAUACGAGUCAACAAUACGUUCAACUAAUUGCUGUCUACUGGUUCAAUCAAAGAGGAGGUGCAAACACUGUGAUCUGUACAGAAAUACUCUGCGGAAGAAGGAUUCACGUCAAAAGGCCCACACUGUGUCAACAUUUUCUCUGAAGAAAACACCCCACAGUACUAUGAACAGAAUUCAUCUGGUUAAAAAAAUUAAUAUGCUAAAACAUGAGAAGAGAUCAAUUCAAGCAGAACUUGACCGACUUAAAAGACGGGUGCUUGAUGUCAUCAAAACAAAAGGACAUGUGUUGAGCUACAGUGAAAACGAAGAACUCUUACAACUUGUGGAACAAUACACAAGUGAUGUCUUGAGAAGUUAUCCAGACGAAACUUCCACUCAAAGGCUCUUCUGGGACCAGCAGCUAAAGUAUGCAAAACUCAAAAAACAAAUCCGCAAUGAGGUGGCACCCUAUGAUGGUAAAGUGGUGUUUGUAUUUACGUAG